ACAAGCUGUGGAGGCUAAUGACUGGCACUGCUUGACAGUGAUUGGCAGGGGCUGGCAUGACAACCACAGCACGACACCGGGAAGACCAAUAGAAAAGCGAAACAAAAUGUUUCAACAUUACACUUGAGUGUGAUUAAGGGGAGACGUUACAGACUUCACCCGGUCCAAGUGGUAGAAGGUAGAAAACUGCGGAAAAGGAAAGUGGUUAACCGCAAGUAUUUCUCCUCUUUCUUCUUGUUUGUUCGUCUCCGGCAAGUCGCUCCAUGGUUUUCAGAUCUCCGUUAGAGCUUUACCCCUCUCACCUGUUCCUCCCGAACUUCGUGGAUCGCCCCUUGCUACUAGCGGCCAGCCUCCCUCGCCCGAGGUCCCCGGAAGAUCCAGCCAUGUUCCAGUUGCCCACACUGAGCUUCACAGCCGAGCAGGUGGCCAGCGUGUGUGAAACCCUGGAGGAGACUGGUGACAUCGAGCGCCUCGGCCGUUUCCUGUGGUCCCUGCCGGUGGCACCUGGCGCAUGCGACGCCAUCAACAAGCACGAGGCCAUCCAACGGGCGCGCGCCGUGGUCGCCUACCACACGGGCAGCUUCCGCGAGCUCUACCACAUCUUGGAGAAUCACAAGUUUACCAAGGAAUCGCAUGGCAAGCUGCAGGCCAUGUGGCUCGAAGCCCACUACCAGGAGGCUGAGAAGUUGCGCGGACGCCCACUCGGACCCGUCGACAAGUACCGUGUGCGCAAGAAGUUUCCACUGCCGCGUACCAUUUGGGAUGGCGAGCAGAAGACGCACUGCUUUAAGGAGCGGACGCGCGGCCUUCUGCGGGAGUGGUACCUACAGGACCCGUACCCCAACCCGAGCAAGAAGCGCGAGCUGGCGCAGGCUACCGGACUUACCCCCACCCAGGUGGGCAACUGGUUUAAAAAUCGACGACAACGAGACAGAGCCGCCGCCGCUAAGAACAGGCUGCAGCAGCACGCUUUGGCACAGAGCGCUCUCCGCUCGAUCUCGGGUCCCGGGUGCGCGCAGCGCGCCUCCGCGUCUCCCAGCAGCGCGAGCGUGUGCAGCGGCGAGAGACCCGACCCCGGUACUGUGCUCUCCGUCACCGACAGCGACUCAGACUUCGACGUAUGACAGAACGGCAUUUAAAUAUGGAGGAAUUGGGACCUAAAAAGAAAUAAUGAAAAGAAUAAUAAACUGUAAGCGGACAGUGUGGCUAGCGGCCAUUUUGGCCUUUGCCAAAACGUUGUUCGUCAAAUGGAGAAAAGCAUGCAGUUUUUUCAAAAGCGCUUCAGUGGACAGACACGCUCUUUCUCUCAUCUCCCUUUUUGCAUGGUCAUUUGUGAAUAUGUCUGGACGGUUAUGGAAAGGCACUAGGAGGAUCAAUUGUAUAGAGGCGCCAUUUACCUCUUUCCUGCUCCUGUAUCCCCCCGCAAAGCGGACUGUUUGAGUUUUGUAUUUAUCAGACAAUCGUGGAAGUCAAAAGCACCUUUAAGCCGUCUUCUUUGGCUUGACAGCAGAUGUUCAAAGUUUGAGUUUAUCUUGAGAUUUUAUAUUGAAUAAUCAGUGUAUGAUGCGUUUUUCCUCUCUCUCUCUCUCUCUCUCUCUCUCUCUCUCUCUCUCUCUCUCUCUCUGGUCUAGGCUGUGCUAGAUAUGCUUGUAUAAUAAUGCAAUUACGCCAUCCUAAAGCAUCUUUCCUUAUUUUGUGUCUCAAGAUGUCAAAGUGUCUGUAAAGUGCUUUGAGAUUUUUAAUAUCUGCUCGUUUGUUCGUUUUUAUACUGUAAAUGGGUUAAUGGCUCUGAAAACGCAGUGUUAUGGGUCACUUUUAUGCAAAUAAAUAUAAUUUAAUAUUAUAACUAUAG